GGUUAUGAUUAUUAUAGUACCUAGUUAGUGCCUGAUGUGCUGAGCUGUUGAAUUAUCACCACUACCACCACCACAUGCUUCUUUCUCUUCACAUCCUUAAUUCCCCCCCUGCUCUCUCUUUCUUUCUCUUUCUUUCUCUCCUUCUUCCUCUUCUUUCCUGAAAUCUUAUUUCUACCUUCUUUUCUCCAAGUUCUUCUCUCCAGCAUGUACUGAUUUUCUUCCCCACUCUUUCUUCAUUCCUUCCACGUUUACUUCUUGUUCUCCCUUUUAACACACACACACUCUCUCUCUCUCUUUCUCUCUCUCUCUUUUUCCACAACUCCAUCCACCUGGAGCUCGCUGCAAUGUCUUCAUCUUUCUUACCCUUCCGGGAUAUUAAUCUUCAUUCAUCUCCCUCCCAUUAUGCAUUCACCUCUCCAUCCUCCCCAAAUGCCCCCACAUUGGUGGUGGACCGCCCAACUGGUGAUUUGCGCCUGAGCACUGGCACCUUGUCUGAUGCGAAGCGCAUUUCGAGUAUCGCUGGUAUCCUUGGCAUCAUUAAGCUCAAGCUCGACAAAUACAUCGUUGUCAUCUCCAAGGCCCAGCCUGUCGGGCGCCUUCGGGGUCAUAUGGUCUACAAAGUCGCCGCAACCGAGUUCCUACCCCUCCGCGAACGUCCUCUCCAUGAUCACGAUGAAGACACCUAUCUGGCGCUAUUGAAAGAGUUACUCCGGACAGGUCCUAUGUACUUUUCCUACGCCUUGGACCUAACCAAUAGCUUUCAGCGUCAAUCACAGAGCGAUGUCACCCUUCCGAUGUGGAAACGAGCCGACGAUCGCUUUUUCUGGAAUCGCUUCCUGCAAUCCGACCUGAUCGACUUCAGUCUUGGAGAGCAUGAUACCACGAAUGUGCGCUAUGGCCCACAACCGGGGGUUGAUCCAUAUAUCCUGCCCGUCAUGUUCGGAAUGAUGCGCAUCACUCCCGCGAAGGUCAAGUCCACCAAUUUCACUUUUGCGCUCAUUACUAGAAGGUCUAGACAUAGGGGGGGCACAAGGUACUUCUCUCGUGGUAUCGAUGAGCAGGGUCAUGUCUCGAAUUAUAAUGAAACAGAGCAGAUUGCGAUCCUCAAUGACGCAACAGGCGGCCUCUCCGGGUUUGCAGGCGGCGAACCAAUGACCAAAGAAAAGUCUCCAGGCUCUGGGCAAGAUCUCCAAGUUUUGUCGUUUGUGCAAACAAGGGGCAGUGUCCCGGUGUACUGGGCCGAGGUUAAUAACCUGAAAUACACCCCCAAGCUACAAGUCCGUGGAGUGGAAACCGCGGUACAAGCCGCCCGCAGACAUUUUACAGAGCAGAUCCGGGUUUAUGGCGACAACUAUCUGGUGAAUCUGGUGAAUCAGAAAGGGCGGGAGGAGCGUGUCAAAAGGGCAUACGAGCAACUGGUACGCACUUUAGUGUCUUCACCGACCGAAAGCACCGACGCGGAUGAUGAAAAGACCUCGGAACAAGUGCAUAUUCCGGAGCCGGAGCAACGGCAGAAGGAGAUGGACCGUCUUCACUACAUUUACUUUGACUUCCACAGCGAGACCAAAGGUCUCAAGUGGCAUCGUGCAGAACUGUUGCUGGAUAAAUUAAGGAACGGUCUCUCUCAGGGUGGCUACUUCCGUGGUGUCGAAGAUCCGGGUGUCCCCGAUGGCCAACUGGAUCCUCGCGCUUUGCAAACCAGUGUCGUCCGUACAAACUGCAUGGACUGCCUAGAUCGUACCAACGUCGUCCAGAGUAUGCUCGGUCGCUGGGCCUUGACCAGGCAGCUUACUGAGGCGGGAGUUCUACGUCCAGGCGAAACUGCGAACGACGACCGCGAAUUUGAGAACCUGUUCCGUAACAUUUGGGCUGACAACGCUGAUGUCGUCUCCAAAUCAUAUUCUGGUACAGGUGCAUUGAAAACCGAUUUUACCCGGACUGGCCAACGAACCAGGGCCGGCAUGCUUCAAGAUUUGAGUAACUCCAUUACCCGAUAUGUCCGAAAUAACUUCCUCGACGGCCCACGCCAAGAUGCAUUUGAUGUCUUCCUGGGGACAUACCUUCCCCCAGAAUCUACUCUGGGGAAUCUCCAGCUUUUUGUUGAUCGUCGACCGCUCAUCAUUCAGUCUAUCCCCUAUAUACUUGCUGCCGGGAUGUUCAUGGUUUUGGUUGCCACAUUCACCAGACGUCUCCCUGAUUCCGCUGUGUGGCCCCUGCGCCUCUUCAUCGUCUUCUGGCUCAUCAUUUCUGCAUGGUGUGCUCGCUUUGUCCUUGCUCACGGCAUGCUCUAUGUGAAUUGGCCCAAGCUAAACACACCGGCGGCUGGCUCAGAAGGCUAUCAAGAUGCGCUUAUUCAGGCUCGCGCCGACCCCAUCAUUGGGCAGCUACUCCUCACCAAAAGGCACCAAAGAGGCUAUAGUAAUGCUCGACUGGGCUUCCUCGAAGAGGGGAAGACGAGAAUUGAGUAGCUGUCUUCUCGAAUUCGGCCUAAAGAUCGAGUGCCUUCCUCCUCACACUCUUUGUUCUUUCUUUCUCUGUUUCUUCCGUCCUACAGUGUAGGCUAUGACAUGAGAACUUUGCCUCCCUCCCCUUUUCUCCGUUAUAUUCUUCUUUUUUUUUCCCGAGUCCUCCAGGUUUUUUUUUU